AUGAAAUCGUCUGGUGCUUUUGGUUUCAAAGCGGUGGUGGUUCGAUCAAUUAUUUCUAGUUUCGCGAUUUUGGUUCACUACACUUGCAUCGUCACUGCAUUCUCUAGUAGUUUCACUUGCUUUUGGGUUUGGAUUGGGUUUUCAUUGGCGCUUCCAGAGGCUGCCUUUGCCAUGAUCAUUCUUGAUGCUACCUCUUCGUUUAAGUGGCUAGCCAUGACUGCUCCAACUGUAUCAAGUCUAGGGCUUUCUACCCAUGGCUAUGACUCAAAGGGUGACUUUUGGAAGGUUGUGGCAAGGUGCGGACGCCGUCUCUAUUGA